AUGGUCCACUAUCCCGAAGUCUCGAAACUCAAGGACAAGUACUCGCCCCAGAAACGAAUCCCACCAUUGAAUGCCACCAAGCUUUCUGCCACCGGCAACUCCCACGACAAGAAAAGAGGAGGCUUCUCUCCUAUACGAAGAAGCGGUUCCCCAGUCAGACGAUUGAAUAUCACCCAACUAGAGCAGGGAACGGUAGCAGAGGCUACCAAAAGCACCGUGGAACCGAAUUCGGGUCGUCUCAAGCGGGGCAGGGAUGAAACAGAGCCAGAUCUGAUAUCGCUCCCCUCCAAUCUAGGAGCAAUCGAAGCAAGAAAACCCAAUCUUGAAGGUCCAUCGACCAAAAGGUCUAGAGCAGUGACAUUCAGCCCAGAGGUCGAGUGUAGAGUGGUUGAAAAUACUUCGUACAUGGAAGAAGAUUCCAUCGAACAAGAACAGCAAAUAGCUGCCCUCAAACAACCGAAUAAUUCUAAUGGGGAACAGAAAACGGCCAGAUCCCCUCAAUUGGGAUCCAACACAGACGAGAUGUACCAGGAAAUGGUCUAUAAACUUGACAAUUUCGUCACCACCGUCAACCAGAGGCUCGAUUCCCUUCAGGCCAACCAGAGCUUGAUCUUGAAACAGCUAGCAACGCACAGAAACGACGAACUACACCAAAAAUGCGAGUCUCUCCAGAAUUCAAUGAAUGAGCUUAUUGAUGCUAUCAAGAAGCCAAGUUAA